CUGCCGGCGGCGCAAGCGCAGGGGAGGCGGCGUCCAGGGCAAGUCUCGCUAAUGUAAGAUGGUGGCCGGGCUGGCAGUGGAGCGCCCCGAGCUCGGAGAUUACUCUUCUCUCGCGUAAAGGUCGUCGGAGCAGCCGCCCAAGCGCCCGGCCGGCCGCCACCGCAGGUCCCGCCCCAGGAGCGUCGCUGCGGUUUUCUCCCCCCCGCUUCUCCUCUCUUUCCUCGCCGCCUCUCUCCUUCCCUCCCCACCCUUCUCCUUCUCCCCUCGCCUCCUUCCCCGCACGCUCACCCACCCACCCACCUGACCGCCCCCGCCGGCCCGGCCGCCGCCGCCGCGCCGGGCAGUGUGAGGGAGAGCCGCGCACACGCACCGCGGGCCGGGCAGGGAGGAGGAAGGCGGGCUCCAUUUGUUCUUGUGAUCUGCACUUUUUUUUCCUGAGAGAGAGAGGCAAACAGAUGGUGAAUGGUAGCCUCUUAUUUUUGGUGUUGUUUUGGACGGUCCGUGUAACCUCCCGAGAUUUGUCUGUCAGUAAAAUAACUGACUUUCAAGUGCUGACCUUCUCGGUCUAUUAAGUUAUUAUAAACUUUUGCUGCUCUGCGAACAUAAAAGAUGUCUCGCAGCCCUGAUGCUAAGGAAGACCCUGUGGAAUGCCCCCUUUGCAUGGAGCCUCUGGAAAUUGAUGACAUCAACUUCUUUCCUUGCACCUGUGGCUACCAAAUCUGUCGUUUCUGUUGGCAUCGUAUCCGCACUGAUGAGAAUGGACUUUGUCCUGCUUGCAGAAAGCCAUAUCCAGAAGAUCCAGCAGUGUACAAACCACUCUCCCAGGAAGAGCUGCAAAGGAUAAAAAAUGAAAAGAAACAGAAACAAAAUGAGAGGAAACAGAAGAUAUCAGAGAAUCGCAAACACUUGGCCAGUGUACGGGUUGUACAGAAGAACCUUGUCUUCGUCGUAGGGCUAUCUCAGCGCCUAGCAGAUCCAGAGGUUUUGAAACGACCAGAAUAUUUUGGGAAGUUUGGUAAAAUACAUAAAGUUGUCAUUAAUAACAGCACAUCAUAUGCAGGCUCACAGGGUCCAAGUGCCAGUGCAUAUGUAACUUACAUUCGGUCAGAAGAUGCUCUCAGAGCCAUACAGUGUGUCAAUAAUGUGGUAGUAGACGGCAGAACACUUAAGGCAUCAUUAGGUACAACAAAAUAUUGCAGUUAUUUUCUAAAAAAUAUGCAGUGUCCAAAACCAGACUGCAUGUAUCUACAUGAGCUGGGAGAUGAAGCAGCCAGUUUCACAAAAGAGGAAAUGCAGGCGGGUAAGCACCAGGAGUAUGAACAGAAACUACUGCAAGAAUUAUACAAACUAAACCCCAACUUUCUCCAGUUAUCUACGGGUACAGUUGACAAGAACAAGAACAAAGUGACAGCACUGCAGAGGUAUGAUGUACCCAACAGUAAUAACAAAGAUGCCUGGCCAUCAUUACAGAGUUCAAGUAAAUCAGCCAACGGUUUAACAAUGGAACACAGGAAAACGCCUCCUAUAUUAGAAAAUGGCACAGACCCAGAACACAUGACUCCAGAUGGUGCAGACUCAGAUUUCGGCCCUAUCGACAAACCUUCAGAUGCCCUCAGUAUAGGAAAUGGUGACAGCUCCCAGCAGAUAACAAACAGUGACACACCUUCACCACCGCCUGGUUUAACAAAACCCAAUCCAGUCAUACCCAUCAGUUCAUCUAAUCACAGUGCACGGUCCCCUUUUGAAGGGGCUGUAACAGAAUCACAGUCGCUCUUUUCUGACAACUUUCGGCACCCUAAUCCCAUCCCUAGUGGGCUUCCUCCAUUCCCCAGCUCUCCACAGACUUCAAAUGACUGGCCCACAGCACCAGAACCACAGAGCCUCUUCACAUCAGAAACCAUACCAGUAUCCUCUUCCACAGACUGGCAAGCGGCUUUUGGGUUUGGUUCCUCCAAACAGCAAGAGGACGACUUAGGGUUUGACCCCUUUGACAUCACCCGCAAAGCCUUAGCAGACCUGAUUGAGAAGGAACUGUCAGUCCAAGACCAACCUUCCCUCUCGCCCACAUCUCUUCAGAACCCUACCCCACACACUACAGCUGCCAAAGGGCCAGGCUCUGGAUUCCUGCAUCCUGCUGCACCAACAAAUGCCAACUCUCUCAGUAGCACCUUUCCAGUCAUGCCACAGAGGUUCCCACAGUUUCAACAGCAUCGAGCAGUUUACAACUCCUUCAGUUUUCCAGGCCAAGCAGCUCGCUAUCCUUGGAUGGCCUUCCCACGCAAUAGCAUCAUGCACUUGAACCACACAGCAAAUCCCACCUCAAAUAGUAAUUUCUUGGACUUGAGUCUCCCACCACAACACAGCACAGGUCUGGGAGGGAUUCCUAUAUCAGACAACAGCAGUUCUGUAGAGAGUUUAAAUAUGAAGGAAUGGCAGGACGGGCUAAGGGCACUUCUACCGAACAUUAACAUCAACUUUGGUGGACUGCCCAAUGCUUCUUCCCCCUCCAACGCCAACCACAGUGUACCAACGUCCAACACUGCCACCACCGACAGCCUGAAUUGGGACAGCCCUGGCAGCUGGAUGGACCCCGCAAUCAUCACAGGUAUCCCAGCCUCCACAGGAAACAGUUUAGACACCCUUCAAGAUGACAAUCCUCCACAUUGGCUAAAAUCUCUUCAGGCCCUCACAGAGGUGGACGGCCCCAGUGCAGCACCAUCACAGACGCACCACAGUAACCCCUUUGGCACACAGAUCCCUCUGCACAGAGCCAGUUGGAAUCCCUACUCUCCUCCUUCAAACCCCACCAGCUUCCAUUCCCCACCUCCAGGCUUCCAGACAGCCUUCAGACCCCCCAGUAAAACCCCCACAGAUCUACUACAGAGCUCAGCGCUGGAUCGUCAUUAGGAAAGGAGGAAAAAGAAAAAAAGAAAAAGAAAACCCAAAACGUUAGAAAUGCAGGAAGUGUCCCACCCUGACUCCUCCCCAUGCCCACCUACUGUUCCCUGUCAUAUCUUUCUUUCUGAAGAAUCCAGUUCCUGAUCAAAUCUCCCCCCCCAAAUGCAAUGCCAUCACAGGGUCACGACCGUAUCUUUUUGUUAAGUUUCUGCUGAGCCAGUGUUUGAAAUACACUGUUUGAAAUAUUUUCUAACCAUUCUAAAGAGGGGAAAAAAAAAGAGAGAGAGAAAUCAAAAUGCAGUCUCAAUGCUUAAGGAGAAUAUUACUGUCUUACGUCUUUUGCACAUGAGUAUUUCUGCCUAGUGGAGAUGUGUCAAUCUGCAGUAGGGGAAAAAAAUGCAAUGCAGAAUCAAAUGCAGAAACGUGAAAAAGGUAUUUAAUUUAAAUGAAGUUACUGAACCUGUGGGACAAGCAGUGGCCUAGCAUUUAUUUUGCAUUCAGUGUGGCACUACACAGGGAAAUUGCUAUGUUGAGGUUUUUUUUGAGAAGGGGAUUUUAUUGUGUCAGUCAGUUUGACACGAAGUGUGUUGAAAGACAAAACACUUAUAGCUAUGAGUAACUGGCAUGUUGCUAAAGAGUGGUUUAAAGAGGGGAGAAUAAGAUUUUUCUUUAAUUUUGGCUUUAGAUUUAAAGUAAACAUUAAUGUUUUAAAAGUAUUCUCAGAUUUAAUACCUAGUGUAUACAUAAUAUAAUUAUAAGCAGCUGAAACACGAGUGGUAUUUACUUCAGUCUUUCUGUCUCCUCUGUCAGUCUCUCUUUCUUUUUUUAAAAAAAACAGAUUCACCUAUUUAGGGCACUCUGGGAUAGCACUGCAUUGGGGCCACAUGAUCACCAUCAGGAGCAACCUCUGACCUCUGCCUGCAGCUUUUACUUAACCCUGUAGUUUCUGGACGUUUGUGCAGUAUUGAAAAGACAGAAAAAAGAAACAGAUAAAUAAACAUGGUUAUAACCUGACGCUAAAACUAAAACCAAGGAAAUGUACCUCUUUCUUCAGAAUUAAAACUAAAAUCUUAAAUAAAACAGAAAACUUGAUGAUGA